CACGGUGCAGUAGGUUCAAGAGUUGUAGCCUUGCUUCUAGGACUUAAUGCGCCGGUUGACACCUGAGGUGCGCUUUGACGGUUCUCCUGCGGAGAAAGCGACGACUUAAUGUUUGGGUAUUAGCUGCGUAAAAGAGGCAGGGCAGGGCAGGGCUUGGCCAGAUCAUAACUUCGUCUUUUUCACUUCUUUCUCGCUUUUCGUUGCUGGGGUCAGCACAGGGGGGAGGCUACAUGGAUUGGUGGACUUCGUUGGCAGCGAGUAUUGCCCUACUCUGGAUUUUCUGCUUUAUAGACGGCAACGCCGUGCUUGAGCUGCGGCUGCUCUUCCACGCUCUGACCAAAGCCGCUUGUCACCUGUACCUGGCCCUGCUCCCGCUGCGCCGAGCCGCCACGCACUUCGCUGACAGCGCACGGUACUGGGUCAACCAUGCCCAGCAGGGCCCCUCACCCCCAGGCUACCUCCAUCAGAGCGAACCCCUGGCCAGGAAAGGCACGCUACACUUUUUGGAGGGCAUGUGCGUGGUGUGCGAGACGGUGCCCAACAUGAUGGGCGCAGCGCUGAGCGUCGGGGCCGCUUUCUGUCAUGUGCUGCAGGGAGGUUUCUACAUCCUGGCGGCCACGCUCCGCACCAUCCAGAUCAACCUGUUCUCACAGAUGAACGGCGAGAAGGAGAGGUGGGACAAAGAGCGGCUGAGGGCGAAAGAGGGCGAGAAGAAGCUCAAUUCCAAAGUGCUGGAAUACAUCUCGGUGUUUUGUCAAGACCCCGUGAGCGCUUUACGCAUCAAGGUCGACGUGCCACCCGUGUACAGAUAAUCUUUUUCCCGUGGCUAAUUGGCACAUAAGGGGCCUUUUUCUAACUGCUGAGGGGUUAGAAGUACAGCAGAGUGUUGAUUGGUUUGCAGGGAGGGCAGGAGGUUGAACUCUGACUUCUGGUUUUCACUCACUGUUGAAGGGAAUUAGUACCAACAGAAUCAAAUAAAUUAUAUUUAAGCACGUGUGGGGAAAGACGAAUAAAACUAUGGUGCAUUUUGUUACAACUGUUUCACAUUUAUGGAAAUGUAAAGAAAAUAAAUGUCUCAAUCAAACAAAACCUGACAUCUUUGCUUGUUUUGGCCUUUAGAGCUUUAUUGCUACAUUCUUUUACACCAAAUCUUACUGGCAACCAAGUUUAUUUUAAAGUGCUCUCUUAUUCAUUAUCUCAGUCAUUAACAAUACAUCCAUGGCAAUAUAUUUAACAAAAAAAAAAAGGAUCAGCAAUGGAAAGUAUGUUAUUAUUCACCUACUGAUUCUGGUUAAAAUCAAACUAAAUCAGCAAUAGGCCACUAACAUUUAUCCUGCAGGGCUUUUUAGCUUCAUCUCAGCCCUCUCAGGUCUCAAACGCAUGACAGCAAGGACACAGAGGUAGCCAACAUUCAGUAGAUUAAGUCUGGCUGGCAUCCAGGAUCAAGUAUUUUGCCUGUGAGCUCAGACUGUAUUUGUAUCUUUACACAGUCAAACUGUUAAAGAGACCACAGGGACGACAAUGAGGAAGAAGAAGUAGUGAAGAGA